AUGGUCGGCGCAAAGCAAAAAGUCGCGACUGCGACUAGGACAAAGACCGGAGGCUACUCGUCCUCCGCACAAGCUCCACGAAAAGAUCUUAACAUGGCGGAUAAUGACUACACGUCUAGCGACGAAGAAAUGAAUGAAGAGGACGACAUUCCUGAGAAGGAUGAUGCUGAGGAAAGGCUUGAGAAGCUGCUUUUCGGCGACGAUGAAGGGUUUCAGGCCGCACUGAAAGGACAUGGGCAGCAUCAAGGGACGACCGAUCUUGUUUUGGCUAGUGACCAGGAAGAUGGGGAUGGGGAAGAUGGAGAUGAACAGAAUAUGGAUGAUGUGGCUGAUGCCGAUCUCUUUUUCUUAGACUCGGGCGUCCCAGAACUACAAGAUGCUAUCGAACACACCGAUACUAUGGCGAUUGAACUCAAAGGCGAAUCUGGUGUUGUUGCCCAGCCAACUGUCUGGAACGAUAGCGACGAUGAGCGUAUGGCCAUAUCACUCGCCGGUCACUCACGAUUACGAAAACUACGAGUCGCCGAGUCGGAAGAUGUUGUCAACGGAACGGAGUAUAUAAGAAGACUACGAACCCAAUAUUUGCGACUACAUCCUACACCUGAUUGGGCCAAUGCGGAACUCCGAAAGAAACGCAAGUCCAGACGGACCAGCCACGGCAGCAGUGGUUCUGAGAUAUCGAGCAGUGAGGGCGAGAUGGAUACCGACGAUGACGAAGAUGUGUCGGUCAAGCCAUUGGCGAAACUUUUGCAGGGCGCUGGUGAUCUUAUCAAGGGAAGCGAGGAGGGUGCCACAGGAAAACGGGUGAAGCUUCGCCAAGAGGUUAUAGACAUCCAUCGAUUGAAGGACGUUGGAGGUGUUCAGCCUUCAUCUAUAGACUCUCUGUCCUUCCACCCUCAUCAUUCGCUCCUCUUAUCCUCCGGCCCUGCAUCAACUGUCUGGCUACAUCACAUCUCGCCUAGCGCGCCCACUCCCAGCAAUCUCUUGACAUCUCUCCAAAUCCGUAGAACGCCUUUAUAUACAUCAGCCUUCGCCUCUCCUUCUGGAAAUAAGAUCUACGCCUCCGGUCGACGCCGCUUUUUCCACGUUUGGGAUCUUGAGUCUGGUAGAAUAGAGAAAAUCAACCCGACAGCAGAUCGCAAGGAAGAACAAAAGUCAAUGGAAAGAUUCAAGCUCUCCCCUUGCGGAAGAUAUAUCGGUCUGAUAGGCUCUGCGCGCAAAGGCGGCGGUAUGAUCAACAUCCUCGACGCGACAACAGCGCAAUGGAUCGCACAAGCCCGCGUCGACGGUCUCGGAGGUGUGGCUGAUUUUGCUUGGUGGGGUGAUGGCAACGGUAUGGUAAUCGCCAGCAAAAAUGGGGAGAUUUCCGAGUUCGACAUGCGUCUCCGCCGAGUCAUUUGUCGCUGGACAGAUGCGGGUGCUGUUGGCACUACGGUGGUUGCGCUUGGCGGUUCGUCAGGUCGAUCACAGCUUGGAGGAGACCGAUGGGUUGCCGUGGGCAGUUUCAGUGGUAUUGUUAAUAUCUAUGACCGUAAACCAUGGCAGGGUGCCGCGGCACAGGCCGAACAGUCCAAGAAACAGAACGUCGAAGACGCGAUACCCAGCAACCCUACGCCCGUGAGAGCACUGGAACAGCUCACCACGUCUAUUACACAAAUCGUGUUUGCGCCUGAUGGGCAGUUCAUGGUGAUGGCUAGUAAAUGGAAACGAGAUGCGUUGCGACUUGUCCAUCUGCCAUCAUGCACCGUCUAUCGUAACUGGMCCACCUCAAACACGCCCUUUGGCCGCAUCACAUCUGUGGCUAUCUCGCCGCAAUCGAAUCUCCUAGCUGUUGCUAACGAGCAGGGAAAGAUUCGCCUGUGGGAGAUUAAUGGUUGA